AUGGCUCCCAAAUCUCUUGAACUCACCCCAGACGACUAUCGUUUCUUCCGCUCCCAAAUCACCAAGCCCGUCCCCAUCCCCAAGGAUAUCUCCCUCUCAGACAGCACCAUCAUCAUCACCGGCGCAAACACCGGCAUUGGCUAUGGCGCCGCAGAGCAGUUCCUCUCCAUGAACCUCAAGCGUCUCAUCAUCGCCGUCCGAAGUCUCUCCAAGGGUGAAGCUGCCGCAGCUACCCUCCGCGCCAAGUAUCCCAGUGCCGAGAUCCUCGUCUGGCAGGUCGACAUGACCUCAUACAAGAGCGUUCAAGACUUUGCAAAAAAGUGCGAGACUCUUGAUCGUAUUGAUCUUGUCAUUCUCAACGCUGGUAUACAAAUGACGAAGUUUGAACUCAGUCCUGAGGGCCACGAGACUUCGUUCCAGGUCAACUACCUCUCUACCGUUCUUCUCGCGACCCUACUUCUUCCCACACUCAAGCAGAAAGCUCCGGCCGGUCAACCAGGACAUCUCACGAUCGUCAACUCAGGCACAGCUCUAAUGGCCGAGUUCCCCAACGCCAAAGACGAGAAUGUUCUGGACUUUUACGACAAAGAAGCCUUUUUCUCUUCCGGCGCAAACCCCCUUCCUUCAUACUCCAGAACCAAAGCCCUCGCACACUUCUGGAUCGUCAAGCUAGCUGAGCGCGUCAAAGCGGAGGAUGUGAUCGUCAACCUGGUUGAUCCUGGACUGGUCGGUGGAACCAGCUUGACACGAGAUCAGGGUAAUAUCGUGGUUAGAUAUAUCCUCGCAUUAGUCAACUGGCUUACUGCUCGAAGCAUCAAGAAUGGAGCCAGUACAUUUGUACAAGCUGGUGUUGUUAUGGGAAAGGAGAGCCAUGGAUCUUAUAUCAUGGAUUGGAGAAUUCACCAUUAUACCAAAUUCUUGUAUACCCAGGAGGGCAAGGCCUUUACGGAUAAGGUCUGGUAUGAGACGAAUAAGCUACUGUCCUUUGCCAACAUUGACGGUAUCUUGAACUCGCUUUGA